CUCUACCCUCACAGUAUCAUUUUUCUUAAAAACCCCACAGACCAACACCGAGCUAAAUUUCUCUUUCCUAUCGCAGUGAAACCAACGAACAAUAACCACUUGAUCAAACAAGGAGUAGGAGAUGGGGACCCUAGGCAGAGCCAUAUACACCGUCGGAUUCUGGAUUCGCGAGACCGGCCAAGCUCUUGAUCGUCUAGGAGGCCGCCUUCAAGGCAACUACUACUUCCAAGAACAACUGUCCAGGCAUCGAACUCUAAUGAACAUAUUUGACAAGGCUCCUGUAGUUGAUAAGGAUGCAUUUGUGGCUCCCAGCGCCUCUGUAAUUGGGGAUGUUCAAGUUGGAAAAGGAUCAUCCAUCUGGUAUGGAUGUGUAUUGAGAGGUGAUGUCAACAGCAUCAGUGUUGGAUCUGGAACUAAUAUACAAGACAACUCCCUUGUGCAUGUGGCAAAAUCUAAUCUAAGUGGGAAGGUGCUACCAACUAUCAUUGGGGACAAUGUUACUGUAGGUCACAGUGCUGUUGUACAUGGAUGUACUGUUGAGGAUGAGGCUUUUGUCGGUAUGGGAGCAACACUUCUUGACGGUGUUGUUGUUGAGAAACAUGCUAUGGUUGCUGCUGGAGCUCUUGUGAGACAGAAUACAAGGAUCCCUACUGGAGAGGUAUGGGGAGGCAAUCCUGCAAAGUUUUUGAGGAAGUUGACUGAUGAAGAGAUAGCCUUUAUUGCCCAGUCAGCCACCAACUACUCAAACCUUGCACAGGUUCAUGCAGCUGAGAAUGCAAAGCCUUUUGAUGAGAUUGAGUUUGAGAAGGUUCUUCGCAAAAAGUUUGCGAAGAAGGACGAGGAGUAUGACUCUAUGCUAGGUGUUGUGCGUGAACUCCCCCCUGAACUUAUUCUUCCAAACAAUGUCCUACAAGAUAAAGAACAUAAGGCAAAAUGAGCCAUUUCUUGAGGUAUUGUUUCAUAAACUUCAAAAUUUGAGGUUUGUCUUUCAAGGAAUAUUUGUUGGUAUCCGCAAAUACAUGAAGAAGGGAUCACUUUCUUUCCCAAUAAUACAAGACAUGUUUAGGGUAGAAUUUUGGCUCCAUUUUAGCUUCAACCUCUGCUCUUCUUGUGGUUGUUCAGGCUCACUCUUUUCUUCCAUGGGAGAAACUAAUGCCAUAAAGCAUCAUGUACCGUGAUGUUUUUCUGAUUCAUGUACCUAAGAAAUUCAAUUUCAAUAUGAUUUUGUUGAUCCGUA